UUUUGUUCGCACACGAUGGAUUCGGAAGAUGAUAUGCAUGAUGCGAACGAUGUUGAUUCUUAUGAAGAAGAUUAUUAUAGCGGCGAUGCGAUGUAUAGUGACGACGAAGAUGAUGCUGAUGAUGAGUUUUUGCAUAAUGAUUCUGAUGAUGUGUUAGUUAGUCGCCAACAGAAGAAUUAUUAUACUAUAUUGAAGGAAGAUGAUAUAAGCGAACGCCAAGAGGAGGAUAUUACUACCAUCUGUUCGGUUCUUUCGAUUUCAAGAGAUUCUGCGUGCAUGCUUUUGCGCGGAUAUAAUUGGAAUGUUAGUAAUGUUCAUGAAGCAUGGUUUGCUAAUGAAGAUAAAGUUCGAAAGGCCGUUGGUCUGUUGGAUAAGACAGAUGUUAAGUUACCAAAAGCUGGAGAGCUGCUUUGUGGGAUCUGCUUUGAAUCGUAUUCGGUUGAUAAGAUUAGCUCCGCUGCUUGUGGCCAUCCUUUUUGUAAUUCAUGCUGGACAGCUUACAUUGGCACAUCUAUCAGUGAUGGUCCUGGAUGUUUGACAUUAAGAUGUCCCAUACCAUCAUGUGGUGCUGCUGUCGGUGUCGACAUGGUCAAUAUGUUGACUUCAGAUGAAGACAAGAAGAAAUAUCGGCGAUACCUUCUCAGAUCAUAUAUCGAGGACAAUAGAAAGACAAAAUGGUGUCCUGCUCCGGGCUGUGACUGUGCGAUCGAGUUUGAUCUCGGAAGUGGAAGCUAUGAUGUAACGUGCCAUUGCUCAUACAGCUUUUGUUGGAAUUGUACAGAAGAAGCUCAUCGCCCUGUGGACUGUGAAACCGUGUCCAAAUGGAUAAUGAAAAACAUCGCAGAGUCUGAAAAUAUGAAUUGGAUAUUAGCUAAUUCUAAGCCUUGUCCAAAGUGUAAACGUCCGAUCGAGAAGAACCAAGGUUGUAUGCACAUGACUUGCAACCCUCCUUGCAAAUACGAGUUUUGCUGGUUGUGUCUCGGUCAAUGGUCAGAUCAUGGAGAGAGAACUGGUGGCUUUCAUGCUUGCAAUCGUUAUGAGUCAGAGGGAGCGUAUGAUGAGUCUGAACGUCGACGAGAGAUGGCAAAGAACUCUCUAGAGCGAUACACUCACUAUUAUGAACGUUGGGCUACAAACCAAUCAUCGAGGCAAAAAGCUCUUGCGGAUUUGCAACAAAUGCGGACAGUUCAUCUCGCAAAACUCAGCGAGAAGCAGUGUCAACCCGAGACACAAUUGAAAUUCAUUAUAGAAGCUUGGUUGCAGAUAGUUGAAUGCAGGCGCGUGUUAAAAUGGACUUAUGCAUACGGGUAUUACCUACCUGAGCAAGAACAUGCAAAGAGGCAGUUUUUUGAGUACUUACAAGGUGAAGCAGAAGCUGGUUUAGAAAGGCUUCAUCAAUGUGUAGAGAAAGAAUUGUUUACUUACCUCAACGAUGAUUGCUCUCAAGACGCCUUCAAUAACUUCCGAACAAAGUUGGCUGGUUUGACUAGUGUCACGCGCAACUACUUCGAGAACUUAGUUCGAGCGCUUGAAAAUGGUCUAUCAGACGUCGAUGCACAUGCGCCAUCAAGCAAGACAAGUAGCUCUAAGAAUGCAGUCCAAUAUUUAUAUUGGUUUUUUGGUUAACCGAACCAUUUUUCC